AUGGAUCAACUGAAAUUAACUUCUACCAACUUGAGAACAUUUCCUGACUUCUUGAGAAAUCAAUACAGAUUAUCCUACUUAGACCUUUCAGGGAACCAAAUUCAUGGUGAGGUGCCAAACUGGAUUUGGAGGCUCAAUCUUCUUGAAGACUUAAACAUUUCAGGCAACUCCCUGGUAAGUUUAGAAGGUCCUUUACCAAACCUCACUUCUGCUCUAAGCUUGCUUGAACUUCAUUCCAACCAGCUUCAGGGACAAAUCCCAAUUUUAUGGACACAUCGGAUGGCUGGAGACCCAUGGCACCUGGCCAAUGCUUCAAAUCAUAGACUUAGCUCACAACAAUUUCAAUGGGGAAAUACCAGGAAGAUCUUUGAGAACAUGGCAGGCAAUGCUGGCAAACCAAGUGGACAAAUACCUGAGGAGAUAGGAGGAUUCAAAUCAUUGUACAUCCUCAACUUGUCCAACAAUGCUUUCACAGGUGCAAUCCCACCAUCGUUAAGUAACAUGCGAAAAUUUGAGUCAUCAGAUCUCUCAGUGAACAGCCUGAGCGGGCAAAUUCCAGCAGAGUUUGCAAAGUUCACUUUCCUCUCGUUCUUGAAUCUCUCAAGCAAUCACUUGGUUGUCAGGAUCCCACACAGCACUCAGUUUUCAACAUUGCCAAAAUCUUCCUUCGAGGGAAACAAGGAUUUACGGGGGCCUCCUUUGACAGCAGAUGACAUAGCUGCAGGGUUUUCACCACCGCUAAUGUCCAAUGGAAGGCGUGUUCCAAAUUCUGUCCAUGAUCAGAUUGAUUGGGAUGUUCUAAGUGUUGAAAUUGGAUAUAUAGUUGGCCUUGGAGUUGCCAUUGGGUGCCUUGUGUUUUGCAAGGGACUGGUAUUUCAAAGCUGGGGAGGGCAUUGUAAUAGAAGGAGAAGACUUUGA